AUGUCUGCAACUUUGAAGUCAUUUGAUUUGAACGACGAUUCGAUUCCUUUCCGAAAGAUAAGGAGUCCAAAAUUAAGGAAUUUAAAUAGGCGCGAUCAGAAUGAUUCAGAUUUUAAUGGGAAUGGACAUUAUGAGGAAGACAUAGAAUUUGACGAUACGCGUAUGGAUAUAGAUAAUAUGAAACCUAAUAGUUCGUUUAAUGACGAGAAUAUGUCUGAUAAUAGACGAAGCGGACAUGACAGUUUCCAACUGCAUGAUUAUGUGAUGAGAGACACAACAACUAAGGUGCCAUUGAAAGACAGUCCCCACACAAAUAAGGCAUCUACUCCAGAUAUGCUUGAUAAAAUCAAUAAAUAUCGUUCAAAAAAUGGUACGCCAUUGAAAUUGCCACCGUUGACAUCGAGCCAAUUUUCCAAUAGUGAUAAUGAGAGCCAUUCUAUACCGAUUGAAGAAAAAGCCGAAGAUAGCCUUAUUAAACGUAGAAAACUCAUAUCCGACGACAAUAAGUUUUCACCGGGACGUACACAGGGAUCAUUAAAAAAGACUGCUCGUGAUUCUUCAAAUGGGCAUAUUGUUGCUAGUCCUACGAAAACGACGAAUAGGCCAAUGAAUGAAGCAAUUAUUACUCCACCUUCAAAUCUAAAAGUACGGCCGUUCAUUUUUGGUUCGGCUUCCAGAACGCUGCCCUCUGCAUCAGUUUCCAGAAAAGGUCUGCCUGAAGAGCAUAGGAAAACCCAGGUUUCUACUAGUAGACAUGAUGAAGAUAUUGAAUUUGAUUCCUCUGAUGUUGAUGGCGAAGAUGGUGAUGGAGCUACGCGAAGUAGACUAUUAUCCAGUACAACCAGAUUCAACCCGUCAAAUUCAAAUCAGGUACCAAAACCCUCUUCUGGUAUAAGCCAACAUACUCAUACAAGCAAUCAUAAUAAGGAUGAUAACAUUGAGCUGAGACACGAGCAACAAAUAUCACACGCAAACCCUACAUUCGAAAGCAAAAUUAAAGAUAUUCAAAAUACCAGUAAUAAGGAGACUAAUCAGACAGAGAAGUAUGGUGAUAUUUCCAGAGCGGAAAUUUUGGAAAAGAUAAAUAGUACGAUUAAUUCGUUAAUGGAAAAGGACAAAUUAGAAAGUUCUCCAUCUAAGAUAAACGUAGAGGAUGUUUUGCCUCAGAAUAUUGAUAAAGAAAUGAUGCAAGCUGAAUCUUCAGAUGAAUCACCGGAGGAAAUAAUGAAUGAAUUGGACUCAUUUUUUUCAGGAAAUAAAUCUAAUACAGUAAAUCAGGGGAGUGCAGAUUUUAACCAUAGAUCACCUUCCAAAUUUUCUAUAAGCAAUAACGAUCAGGGUCCAAUAUCGAAUGGACAACCCUCCAAGGCGACUCCAAUAAGGACUCAUUAUUCCAGGUUGUCAGGUAAAUAUGCUCGACAAAUAAUGAAUAGAAGAAAGAGCGAAAAUGCUUCAGAUAACGUAUAUCCGGAUAUGCCAGUGUUACAAGGUUCAAAUAAUAUGGCUCUGGGUUCAGAAUGGCCAACGAGCAAGUGGUUGAAGCUAAACAAGAUAUUACAACUGGGAAAAAUAGCUAAAAAGGACAUUAUUAACAGCGAAGUAUUAAUACAAAAGUUAGGAUGCGCUUCGAGGAGAGAAUUAAAACAAAGAAUAGAGUUUUUAGUUCAAUUCAAUGAAUCGAGAAAGAUUAGUAGGCCAAAAAAAAGAGCCAUUAGUAAUGCAAGGAAAAAUAAUCUUGGUCUGAAAUCUUCCAAGUCCGAAAAGAGAUUUCAAAUUAUAUAA